UUGCCAACCGCCAUAAAAAACUAAAGAAGAAGAAGAAGAAGAAGAAGAAGAAGAAGAAGAGCAAGAGUCCCAGUACUUUCGAUUUGCGAUCUCGGUAACAACACGUGAUUCCUAAGGAAUAUAUUCGGAUUCUGACCACAUCAUGGUAUGUGUCGCUAAUGGGAUAUCUAAGCCUGAAACAAUGGUCAGGUCUGCAAGCAGAUGUCCCUCUAGCUGUGGUUGAGGAGAUCCUGCUGAAUCUGCCUGCUCAUCAGGUGGUGCGAGUCUGUCGUCUGGUGUGUCAGGAGUGGAAGGAGCUGGUGGACAGUGCUGCACACUGGAGAGAGCGCUGUCGGAGAGAGCGGAUCCAGCCGUGUGAUGCUUCCAGAACACCAGAGGACUGGCGCUUGUUUUACUUUUUAACUAAGAGUCGACGUAACUUGCUCAAGAAUCCCAGAGCAGAAGAUAAACUUAAAGGAUGGAAUAUUGUAGAGAAUGGAGGUGACUGCUGGGCUGCAGAGGAAAACAGGAAACCAUUUCCAGAUGAGACGGUCACAAAAUGUUUUGUAACAUCUUUUGGGUUGUGUUUGAAGCAACAGCUGAUUGAUUUGAAGAAAGAAGGCUACAAUGCUGCUUUCAUGGAUCAAAUGCAACCUCAUAUCAGAAUAACAGACUGGUAUGCGCCACGCUUCGAUUGUGGUUGUCAGUAUGAGAUCAGUGUAGAGCUGCUUGAUCGGAAGAAAAAACCUAUCUGUACUUUUCAGCCUGAUAAAGUUUUUUUUGAACAGUGGAAUGAUGAGCCGUGGUUUGAAAUGAAACAUGUCUUUAAGGAUUAUGGACCUGGGGUUCGGUUUAUCCGUUUCACGCAUGGAGGGGUGGAUACACAGUUUUGGGCAGGCUGGUAUGGGAUACGAGUCACUAACAGUAGUGUGGAGAUCUGUCCAGCUGAAGAGAGAUAAUGUAUUAUUGUCUGAAUCUGUUCUGCUUUGAGAAAUGCUGUCAUAUGUAACCUUCCCUCAGUAUUGCACGUGAUUUAAAGUUUCUAAAUAUAAAUCAAGUUAUAUCUAUAUUUCAAAAGGCCUCUUUGCCCUCCUGUCUUAUUUUUUUAAUGCCUUAUUAUCUCUUUGCACACAAAAAGUAUUCUCAUAGCUUCAUAAAAUUACGGUUGAACCACUGAUGUCACAUGAAUGUCCUUACUACCUUUUUGGGCCUUGAACAUGUCAGUUGCGUUGCUGUCAAUGUAGGGUUAGAGAGGAUUACAUCAAAAAUAUAUUUUUUGUUCUGAAGAGGAGUUAAAGGUCUUACAGAUUUGGAAUGACAUGAGGGUGAGUUAUUAAUGACAUUUUUUUUUUUUUGGGUGAACUAUCCUUUAAACUGAGUGUUUCAUGCUUUGUGUUAAUAAGGAGGGCCAUCAUUAAGAACUUGGGUUUCAGACAUGUUCCCCUAACAUGAGUUUAUGUCUGUACACAUUGUCAUAACUUUUAAAUCCUUAUUUUAAUAUGUACAUUUGGAUUUAUGGAACUGCUACUGUUUAUAGGGAUUGUUUAAAACUGAAAUAUGUGGGGAGUGAGUUAAAAUGUAUUGCCCCUUAAAUUAAUUUUCAUUAUGUGAACAAAUAUUUAAAUCGGGCCAAUCUUAUAUAUAACUGCACAUGCUAGAAAAAAACAUGAGCAAAGUGAUUUUGGUCAGUUUUUUCACUCUUGGCAAAAACAUGUAUAUUUUUGUCAAAACAUUGAAAUAAUAUAGUUUGUAAGUAUUUUUUCAUACUUUUAUUUCAAAUAAAAUCUCCCCAGUGACACUUGAAAUAACACAACUUACCCCAAACCUGGCACAAGACAUAUUCAUAUCAUCAAGUCUUCUAAAUUAAGCUGAGGACAGACAUCCACACACAAAUUACAGUAUUUACUUCAAAAUUGCCCUCCUUAUUAGACAAAUUAAAUAAAAAAAGUGGCACAACUUGCCCCACUCCACCCUAACAUAUCUGCAUAUCUUUGUUGUAAAGCGUCAUUAAACUCUUUAAGGCACUAUAGUAAAAUUUGCACAUCUAUCAUCUCAUCAUGUGAUAUGAGUAACAAAUUAAACGAUAGGGGGAUAAAAACCUGUUGAGUAAUAGCUACUGAUACUUUCCUGAUUAAAAACCUGUACAAAAAUAAAACAAUCCUAUUGGUUUACACCC